UCUCCGCGGUCUUGCUGUCCCUUGCUCUGUGUGGCGCUAUCCCCCGCUUCAAAGCAUCUCCCGAGCGGUCCUCCGUAUAGCCCAUUCAACCGAUUCUCCGCAGUGCUGAAAUAGAGAGUGAGUGAAAGGAGGGUGGCGAGAGAGGGAGAGAGACAGAGAGCGAGAGAGAGAGAGAGAGAGAGAGAGAGAGAGAGAGAGAGGGGGGCGAUACGGGGAAAUACACGAGAGAGAGUCAGAGAGAGUGAGAGUGUGGGGGGGAGUUGGCAAAAGGAAAACUGCACAAUCCGCCAAGGCUCCCUAGCGCGCGGAUCUUUCGACGGCUGCACCAUUCAUUUGGACGGUCGGAAAGAAUGAGCAUGUUCAGCACGCGGGCACUCACACUCCUGUCCUCUGUGUUUGGGGCGUGCGGCCUGCUCCUGGUUGGCGUGGCUGUGUCCACAGACUACUGGCUGCUGAUGGAAGAGGGUGUCAUUCUGCAGCAGAACCAGAGCAUGGAGGUCAGGAUGGCCCUGCACUCCGGCAUGUGGAGGGUCUGCUUCGUGGCAGGACCUGAAAAGGGGAGAUGUGUAGCAUCAGAAUACUUCACCACUGAAGCUGAGAUAGAUAUCGUGACCGAAAACACUGCAAAUAUACUAAAGAUGGUACGGACGGCCACACCGUUCCCCAUGGUUUCGCUGCUUUUCGUCUUCACCGCCUUCGUCAUCAGUAACAUCGGACACAUCCGGCCCCAGCGCACCAUCCUGGCCUUCAUCUCUGGAAUCUUCUUCAUCCUCUCAGGGCUCAGCCUGGUGGUGGGCCUGGUCCUCUACAUCAGCAGCAUCAAUGACGAGGUGAUGAACCGGCCGCGUGAGCCAGAGCACUUCUUCCACUACCACUACGGCUGGUCCUUCGCCUUCGCUGCCAGCUCCUUCCUCCUCAAAGAGGGGGCCGGGGUGAUGUCAGUGUACCUCUUCAUGAAGCGCUAUGCCGAGGAGGAGAUGUACCGGCCCCACCCAUCCCUCUACCGCCCCCGCCUGUCCGAGUGCAGCGACUACAGCGGCCAGUACCUUCACCCUGAGUCGUGGCCUCCUCCGAAGCGGGGCCGCAGCGCGUCUGAAGUAUCCAGCGACAUCUCCAUCCAGCUGAACCAGACGCCCCCGCCCCCGCCGCCCAAGGGCAGCUCCCUGCAGCAGCAGGCCCCGUCCUCUGGCCCUUCCUCGGGCGCCAGCUACCAGCAGUCCUCCUCCUCCUCCUCCUACCCCCACCACACCAUGUCCUCCCACCCCCUCCACUCCAGCCACCACACCAUGUCCUCCCACCCCAGUGGGCCCCCUCCCCAGUGCAUGCCCAUGGCCAUGCCACCCUCUGCCCAGCCCCCUCCCCGCUACCACCAACACAUGCGCAUGAGCGCCUCACCAUGCUAGAAGGGGGGAGUGAGGGAUGAGGGAGGGAGGGGAGGGGGUAUAGACAGAGCAGGGCUUGGCUCUGUCAUACGUCCAACACACAGAGACAGAUGCAAACACACUCACACACACGUACACACACAAACACACAGAUACACGCAUGAAGUGUCGGAGGAGAGAUGGAAGAGGGGAUGAAGGAAGGAGAUUUAGGAGAAAAAGGGGAAUGAACGAGGGAAAGAAAACGAGGUGGGUGGAGGAUGAUUCAUAAUUAAUGCUGUGCCUAAGAUGAAGACAGACAUUUUAAACGAGGGAGGGAGAGAGGGAGGGAGAGAGGGAGGGAUAUGAUAAUUAUUUACACAAUAAGAAAAAGAGGGAGGAGAAGAGGUGAGUCGGUCUAUGAGAAAAGGUGCUGCUGUUUCAGAAGAAAAAGAAUACGAUGCAUUUCAAGCACUAACAC